AUGUCGUCCGGCUCGAAUCGAAACACAUAUCAAGAACCAGAGCUCCCAUUCGUCGGCUUUAAGCCACGAUACUAUGGCUACCGAAGACCGCAUGCCAUCGCCACGCCGAUGGUCGCCCACAUAUCAACGAAGAAGGAGCAGGCAAUUUCCGAGCUCUCUGUCAUUUUUGCCCUCUUCGGCCCUCGCUCGACCAGAGCAGGAGUAUUACACAACAUUAACAAGGCGGCCUGCUACUCGUAG